AGCAUAUAGUCAUAGACAUGGUCAUAGAUAUUUAAUAUUAAAAAUAGCCUUGUACUCCCAAAAAUAAUUUUAUGUAAGUUUUUAUCCUAAUGUUUUUGACAUAAACAAUUGGAAGCGCGAAUUUCCUAAAACUAAAAAAAUAGCUAAAUUAACAGCACUACUUUUAACAACGUUCAAAAAUAAUUAACAAAUCAAAACAAACGAAGAGCAUGUCGGUGAAAAAGUUAUUUGCUUUGGAUUUUGAAGUUUUUGGCAAAGUACAAGGUGUAUUUUUCCGAAAAUAUACAGAAAAACAAGCUAAACAACUUGAUCUAAGAGGCUGGUGUAUGAAUACCGCAGAUGGCACAGUUAAAGGUCAAUUGGAAGGUCCUCAAAAUGAAUUGAACGAAAUGAAAUAUUGGCUACAAAACAAAGGUAGUCCAAGUUCUCGUAUCGACAAGGCAGUUUUUAGUGAAAUGCGCCCAAUAGAAAAUUACACAUUUCAAACAUUUGGCAUUAAACGUUAAAUAAUUGUUGUUAAUCAAGUCUAUUAAAGAAAUGAAAUAAAUUUAAGGUAUGUAAUAUUGAA